UGCCGUCACCAGGAUGAGCCUUAUCAGCUCCAGUAUACGCCCCCCUCUAAGAGUGCAAUAGACAUCUGUCAGUCACAGAGAUCAGCAGGUCAAGAUGGAGACUGUGUUGGUGGCUUUUCUGCUUCUACAAUUGACAGUGCCAGCCUUGGGUGUGUAUAAAAGAUGGCUACGAAGCACCAACUUCAAUAGCCCAAACAACUGGAACGCUGGGCGCGCACCGUGCGGAAAUGACGUGGUGCUGAUCCCCGAUGGUAGUCCUGUGGUGUAUGUACAGACAAAUACAACGCUGAAAGAACUGACUCUUCCAGAUAAUGGUGAGAUCAUUUUCGGGAAAAAUUCCAUCCUUGCCUUUACGAACGCUGCAGACCCGAAUUGUCCACCAUUUGACGGAGAUGUGGAAUACCUAGUAUCUGCACCCAACAAGUGGGUCAACCCGGACAACUGGUGCCCUACAGACACGGAGAAUGGACCCUGCAGCUCAAUGCCACUGCUGGACUCGGAGAGGGUGCCUUGCGCCACGGACAACGCCGUCUUCCCUCGGGACGAGGCUUUCUACGUCGACCUCGACACUGGCCUCGAUAUCAACGUCAAGUCGCUGAAAUUGUCUGGCAGGUCGUAUACCACCACGACGUUCACCAACUACAUACAGUCUCCCGACGGACAGCGAAUCUUCCCGCCACCCAAAGGCACAGGUGUCACGCGAUCCAGCGUCACCGUCUCCAGGCAGAAAUGUAACGACCCCACAGGAUGCACGUGCGGCAACGACCAAGGAGAGAUUUUCAAGAAGAUAUGCUCCGUGUUUACACCGAAAUGCCCGCGAGCUCAGUGUCAGAUCCCAUUCCGACCUAUGGGCUCCUGUUGCGAUGUUUGUGGCGCCUUGUUCAAUGGGACGGCAGGAACUGGAUUCAGUAUUUCGAAUUUCAAGACCAUCUUACAACAGUUCAUAUCUGCACGGAAUGAUAACGCCACGGUGAAGCUGAUCGUGUCGAAGACGGGGAUGGGCUUCAUCCAGGCAGUUCUCACUGGUGAUAAUGGAGACAUAAGCAUCCCAGUUGCAGACGCCGUUAAGUCGGACAUGGAUGCAGAUGCCCGGACAGGGGGCCACAAGUACCGCCUGGAUGGCAUCCAACUGAUGGAAUCCUCGGGGGCGAUUCAACCCACUUCCGGGCCGAAUGCUCAUACAGGUGGACAACUUGGAGGAGGUUCGAUAGCAGGAAUAAUCAUAGCGCUCAUUGUGGUGUUAGUGCUCGCGUUGUUUGGGCUGCUGUUCAUCAGGAAGAGGACCGGGAAGUCCAGCAACAUGCUGGACGAUGUGAUGGACAUCCCUAGCAGAGUGAGACGCUCCUUGCCACGUGGCCGGCGCGUGCCGGGUGACGUCAGCAGACCCCGCUACGAGAUCGAAAUGACCGACCCUGGCUUUGGGAACCCGCUUUAUGGAGAUAUUGGGGGCGUGGUGGUCGGUGACGUUCGGCCCAUGGAGAUGAUGCCGGCGGAGAUCCAACCAACCUUCGACACAACUGAUGAUGGCUUCAACAACCCCCUUUACGCUUCCGUCACGCAGGAUGGAACAUUCGUCGGAAAGGGAAACAAAUCGUCAGGAAAACAGAGCAAAGAAGAGCAUGGUUCUGACAGCAACAUAUAAUCUAAAUAUUUCCUCUAAUUACUUUCAUUACAUCAAAAUUAAUUCAGAUUGUACUGAUGUAACUGUGAUUCCAAGCGAAAUAAUACACAUAAAUUAUAAUCAUUUGGCUGACAAAUGUAACUAAUGGUAUGCCUGGUGAUUCUUGACAUGGGGACGGAAAGGAGUACGUGUAUAUGUUGAUCGCAUGACGACCCUAUGGAUCGGGUUGUCACGUCUGCUUUUUCAAGUGAUAGUGUUUCCACAUUCCCCAACAGCGUUAAUCGUUCACCACAAUAUCGAUCACAGGAUUGUCUGGUCCAGAUUCGAAUAUUUACAACAAACUCCAGUUGAAGUAAACAAAGAGGCAAUGUCAACCCACAGAAGCGUAAAAUAUCCAGCUUCGUUAAGAACAGAAUGGUAAAAUGGAUACAUUAGAAUCAGAAUCCAGUAUCUGUCCAAUACCUACAUGAAGUCUGAAAACUUAGUGAAAUGCCUCUUCAACUGAAAUGGGGCGGUAGCUUAGUGGUUAAAGCCCUCGUUCAUCCGGCUUCAAUUCCAGACAUGUGUACACCCCAUUCCGCAGUGAUAUUGAUGGAAUAUUGAUGAAGCCGCGGAGCCUUAUAUUCAUUCAGUUACACUCUCUACAUAAUCCAUCUUCUCAAGGUAUGUUUUACUGCUGUGUCACAUUGUACAGAUAGACCUUAAGGAAGAGAUGGGUGUUUUUAAUUAAGGACUUUUCGGACUGUAAUAGUGAUCAGAUAAUUCUGUCGACAUCGAUUAAGUUACCUCCCAGUUUAGCAUAAUUUUAAGUAUCUGGAAGGAUUAAAAGGACUUUGGCAAUUCCGAGACUAUGUGAAUAUUGUUGAUUAUCGUACCAUGAUGAAGAAUUGCAAUUGGCAGUUUUGCAAAGCUGGCUGUGCUUUGUGUAAAUGUCAUCCAACGUAGUAGCUCUACUAUCCAAAUACCCACAUGAAAAAUGUUUCUGAAUGACUCUGAACGAAAGAAGAAUUUGAAAGACAAUAAACUAUUCAAUCAG